AUGCUUCAUAAGAGGGUUGAAUGCUACGUUGAUGACUUGGUCGUAAAGACGAAGAGUAGGCGUUACCACCUUGAAGACCUUCGAAUUGUUUUUGAAAGGUUAAGGAAAUUCGACCUGAAGAUGAAUCCACUCAAAUGUGCAUUUGGAGUUACCUCAGGAAAGUUUCUUGGCUUCAUUGUGCGUCAUCGUGGAAUUGAAGUUGAUCCUGCAAAAAUUGACGCCAUUCAGAAAAUGCCCAAGCCAAAGAACUUGAGAGAGCUUCGAAGUCUCCAAGGAAACUUAGCAUUCAUCCGGAGCAUCAAAAAAUACUUGCUGAAUCCACCUGUGUUAGGGGCGCCAAUGCUUGGGAAGCCAUUGAUACUCUACAUCGCGGCACAGGAACGUUCACUUGGAGCACUACUUGCUCAAGAAAAUGAGGAAGGAAAGGAACAAGCCUUCUACUACCUUAGCCGAACUCUGAUAGGAGCUGAGAUGAACUAUACGCCUAUUGAGAAAAUAUGCUUAGCGUUACUUUAUGCGAUAAAGAAGAUAAGGCAUUAUUUUGAAGCAUACACCAUCAAACUCAUCUCUCGAGCAGAUCUCAUAAAGUUCGUGAUGACUCGACCUGUUCUUUCUGAACGACUAACAAGAUGGUCCAUAUUGUUUAACCAAUAUGAGAUCACAUACACACCUCAAAAAGCUGUGAAAGGACACGCACUAGACAAUUUUCUGGCUGACCACCCUCUUCCGGCAGAAUGGGAGCUUUCGAAUGAGUUUCCAGAUGAAGACGUUUUGUUCAUCGAAGAGUUUCCACCAUGGACAAUGUUCUUUGAUGGAUCUGCACAUUGUAACAGUGCGGGGGCAGGUGUUGCGUUGAUCUCUCCAGAAAGACAAGUCUUGCCAUUCUCUUUUGUUUUAGGUGAAACAUGCUCCAACAAUGCCGCAGAGUACCAAGCUUUGAUCGUCGGUCUCGAAAUAGCAUUAGAAAUGAAGAUUCUACAGUUGGAGAUCUACGGAGACUCUAAGCUGAUCAUCAACCAACUUUUGAGGAGUUACGAGGUAAAGAAGGAAGAUCUAUUGACAUACCAUCAAUACGCUUCUGGUUUACUUGAAAAAUUUGACCAAGUGUUCUUAAACCACGUCCCAAGAGAAAAAAAUCGCAAGGCUGAUGCUUUGGUUAACUUGGCCACGACGAUGGCACUUGGAGAGAAUGAGUCAACAAAGGUAUAUGUGUGUCAUCGAUGGGUUAUUCCUAUACUUCUGGAUCUUCAAAUCAACGAAAGCCAUCAUACGUCUGUUCGAGUGAUUGAAGAAGAAGAUUGGAGGCAACCACUGAUAGAGUACCUUGAACAUGGAAAGUUACCUGAAGAUCCGCGACAAAGAACAGACAUCAAACGAAGAGCACCACGAUUCAUCUUCUAUAAGGGGACAUUGUUUCGCCGCUCUUUUGAAGGACUAUUCUUGCGAUGUUUUGACAAAGAAGAAGCCCGCCAAGCGAUGGAGGAAGCACAUUCUGGCUCAUGUAGAGCAUACCAAUCUGGUCCCAAGCUCCGCUUUCGCAUCAAGAGGAUGGGCUACUACUGGGCGACAAUGGUGAAGGAUUGCAUGGAUCAUGCCAAAAGAUGCCAAGCGUGUCAAUUUCAUGCCAACUACAUCCACCAACCUCCAGAGCCUCUUCAUCCAACUGUAGCUUCAUGGCCUUUUGAUGCAUGGGGACUUGACGUUGUUGGACCACUUCCAAAGUCAUCAAAGAGACAUAUUUACAUAUUGGCCGCUACAGACUACUUCUCUAGAUGGGCCGAAGCUGCUCCACUCAAGGAGAUGAAAAAGGAGACUGUUGUCGAUUUUAUCAAGUCAUAUAUAAUUAUUAGGUACGGAAUACCAAGAUACGUAAUCAUCGAUAAUGGAACGCCAUUUGACAACAAGCUCGUGAAGACUCUGUGCGAGAAGUUCGGCUUCAAGCAACAUAAGUCUUCAAUGUAUAAUGCACCCGCCAACAACCUUGCUGAAGCUUUUAACAAGACGCUUGAAGCAGUUCUUUCGCUGGAGCAACAAAUUCCAUCAUUGCGGAUCACAAUCCAAGAAGGGCUCACAUCCGAAGAGAAUGCUCAACUUUGCCUAGCGGAGUUAGAGGCCUUGGAUGAGAAAAGAUUAGAAGCGCAACAAAAAUUGGAGUGCUAUCAAGCUCCACUAGCUAGAGCCUUCAACAAGAAAGUGCGGCCAAGAUCAUUCCAAGUGGGAGACUUAGUCCUAGCCGUUCGACGACCCAUAAUCCUCAACAAACGCAUAGGCGACAAGUUUACCUCAAAAUGGGAUGGGCCAUAUGUUGUGAAAGAAGCCUAUUCAAGCGGCGCAUACAAAAUUGUCGAUAAGGAUGGUCUCAGAGUUGGUCCGAUCAACGGAAAAUUUCUGAAGCAGUACUUCCCAUGA